UGUCGAACUGCUGCAAUCCACCGUCGUCUCCGUCGCGUCUCGUGUUGUAGGUCGUUAUCCUCAAUGGGAAUUUGGUGAAAUGUUGAAGCCAAUUAUUUCUCUGGUUUCCUAACUGUAAGGAGUGAACCUAAGCUCUUAGCCUUUACGCCUCGAAGCUGCAUUUCCAUUUUCCUUGGAGAACUGUGAAUCGGCUGAUUCAACCCACUGGAGCUGAAGGUCAAAGAGAAUCCAACUAUAUGAGGAAGCGAGAUUUAGCCAUUCUUAUGCUAUCAGCCUUCGCUAUUUUUUUCUCUCUUCAGCAUGAAGGCCAUUUCUCGUUUAGGGAGGCAUGGAUGCAUCUCACUGAUGAGUACCCAAUCAAGUAUGAAGGUGAUCGUCUCCCGCCACCUAUCGUCGCCGAUCUUAAUGGUGAUGGAAAGAAGGAGGUUCUUGUGGCAACACACGAUGCUAAAAUUAUGGUUUUGGAACCCCAUAGUAGGCGAGUGGAUGAGGGAUUUAGCAAUGCUCGUGUGCUGACAGAGGUCUCUUUGUUGCCUGAUAAAGUACGCGUUUCAUCUGGUAGACGUCCAGUAGCCAUGGCUACUGGAAUUAUUUAUCGGCAUCCCAGACAUGGUCAACCAGUGACUCAGGUUCUUGUUGUUGUUACAUCCGGUUGGUCUGUAAUGUGCUUUGAUCACAAUCUCAAGAAGUUAUGGGAAACAAAUCUGCAGGAGGAUUUUCCACAUAAUGCUCACCACAGAGAGAUAGCAAUCUCGAUAAGCAAUUAUACCCUAAAGCAUGGUGAUUCAGGAUUGGUUAUUGUUGGUGGGAGAAUGGAAAUGCAGCCACGUAUUUUUAUGGAUCCCUUUGAAGAAUUUGGAAUUGGAGAGAAGAAAGCUGAGCAGCAUAGAAGAAGUGCUACCGAAAAGGAGACUUCUGAGAACUCUGGGGCAGUACAUUUACGCCAUUUUGCAUUUUAUGCAUUUGCUGGUCGAUCUGGUGUGCUACGAUGGAGCAGGAAGAAUGAGAACAUUGAGGCACAUUCUUCAGAUGCAUCACAGUUAACUCCACAGCAUAAUUACAGGCUCGAUGUUCAUUCUCUGAAUACUCGACAUCCUGGAGAGUUUGAGUGCAGGCAAUUUAGAGAAUCGGUCCUUGGAGUUAUGCCUCACCACUGGGAUAGGAGAGAAGACACUGUGCUAGAGUUGGCACACUUUAGGCGACAUAAAAGGAAAAUGCUGAAGAAAACAUCUGGAAAAUCAAUUAAUUUUCCUUUUCACAAGCCUGAGGAAAACCAUCCUCCUGGGAAGGACUCGAGUAAAAGGAUUCCUAAAAUUAUUGGCAGUGCUGCAAAUAUUGCCGGUUCAGCAAAAACUAAGAAGCGUCUUCCAUAUGUUCCUACCAUAACUAACUAUACCAAGCUUUGGUGGCUUCCUAAUGUUGUCGUGGCUCAUCAAAAAGAAGGUAUAGAAGCUCUGCAUUUGGCAUCUGGCCGCACUGUUUGCAAGGUACAUCUUCAAGAAGGUGGUUUGCAUGCUGAUAUCAAUGGAGAUGGAGUCCUUGAUCAUGUUCAGGCUGUUGGAGGAAAUGGUGCUGAGCGCACUGUGGUUACUGGAUCAAUGGAAGUUAUUCAACCAUGUUGGGCUAUUGCAACCUCUGGGGUACCUGUUCGAGAACAACUCUUUAAUGCUUCCAUAUGCCAUUUUUCCCCUUUUAACUUCUUCCAACACGGAGAACUUUCAAAAUUUGGCCGUAUUCCAGACAUUGGUUCUUUAGAGGUUGCAACUCCCAUUAUUAUCCCAAGAGAAGAUGGUCAUAGGCAGCGUAAGGGAAGCCAUGGCGAUGUUGUUUUCUUGACCAACCGAGGAGAGGUAACGUCGUAUUCACCUGGAUUGCACGGUCAUGGUGCUGAUUGGCAGUGGCAGAUCUUAACAGGUGCUUCUUGGUCUAAUGUUCCAUCUCCAUCAGGAAUGAUGGAAGCUGGUACAGUGAUUCCCACACUCAAGACGAUCUACUUGCGAGUGCAUGACGAUCGAGCAAUGGUCCUUGCUGCAGGAGAGCAAGAAGCCAUAGUCAUAUCUCCUGGGGGAAGCAUACAGGCAUCAAUCGAUCUUCCUGCCUCUCCUACCCAUGCCCUCAUCUGCGAGGACUUCUCAAACGAUGGUCUUACAGAUAUUAUCCUUGUGACCUCUACUGGGGUGUAUGGCUUUGUCCAGACCAGGCAACCAGGGGCCCUCUUUUUCAGUACGCUGGUGGGCUGCCUCAUCCUUGUAAUGGGAGUCAUUUUUGUUAUCCAACACUUGAAUUCGAUUAAGGGAAAGCCUCGGCCUUCAACCAAUUGGUAACAAGUAAGAAACAGUCUCUCAUAAAGUGUUUUGAUUUUAAAUGCUUUGCUAACAGAGGAGGAUCAUUUCCGUAAAUCUGGAGAUGUAAUUUAUAGA